UAAUGCAAGAAAAAAAGGGACAGACAAAAAUUUGAUCUCUAAUCCAUUAAUGUUGCAGAAAAGAGGAUUAGUUUGUCCUUCAAGAUACAAACUUCCGUCUUCUGACACGACAUUCAGAUAUCCGACUUUCGGGUCGGGUGGAUCCAAGUGAAACACUGUCCGGGUUCUACCCAUACCAACAUCAUACACAAGCCGUUGAUAUGUGUUUUCAAUCCACGGCUAUAAAUGCAAACAAAAAUAGGGAAGUUAGUGGUGAACGAUUCUCCCAAGAGACUACAGAGAGUUGUGGAGGAGAAGCUGAUAUCCCUGUUAAGGUCAUGCGAAAGGUGCACGCAGCUGCACCAGAUUCAAGCCCAAAUAGUCACCCAUGGACUCCAGGGCAAUGAUUACGUCACCCCUAGUUUCAUCACGGCGUGCGCACGUCUCGGUAGAAUGGGUCACGCCGGAAGAGUGUUCAACACAACGGCGCAACCAAACGGCGCCACUUGGAACGCCAUGUUCCGAGGCUUUGCCCUAUUGGAGUGUCCCUUUGAAGUCGUUGUUUUGUUCGCGCAAAUGCAUCGCACCGGCGCUUCGCCGAACUGCUUCACUUUCCCAAUGGUGAUGAAGUCGUGUGCUCAGGCGAACGCGGUUAGAGAAGGAGAGCAGGUUCACUGCGUGGUGGUGAAACGCGGUUUUAAGUCGAACGCGUUUGUGGGAACCGCGUUGAUUCACAUGUACUCGGCGAGAGGGGAGCUUUCCAUCGGGGAUGCCUACAAGGUGUUUGGCGAAAUGCGCGAGAAGAAUGUCUUCGCUUGGACUGCGAUCAUUGCUGCUCACGUGGCGUGCCGUGACAUGGCUUCCGCAAGGCGUCUUUUUGACCUGGCGCCGGAGCGCGACGUGGUGCUAUGGAACGUAGUCGUUUCUGGGUACAUCGAAUUGGGGGAUAUGGUAGCUGCGAGAGCGCUGUUUGAUAAAAUGCCGAACCGCGAUGUGAUGUCGUGGAACACCAUCUUGAACGGUUACGCCUGUAACGGUGAGGUGAAAUCGUUUGAGAAGCUGUUUGAUGAAAUGCCUAAGAGAAAUGUUUAUUCUUGGAACGGGUUAAUUGGAGGGUACGUUCGGAAUGGGCUCUUUAACGAAGCUUUGGAGUCUUUUAAAGGGAUGUUGAUGUUACCAAAACAAGAAGGGGAAGGUGGUGAUGUUGUGGUCAUUCCCAAUGAUUACACAGUUGUGGCAGUACUGUCCGCGUGUUCCAGAUUGGGAGACCUUGAGAUGGGUAAGUGGGUGCAUGUUUAUGCAGAGAGUAUUGGGUAUAAGGGCAACUUGUUUGUUGGAAAUGCUUUGAUUGACAUGUAUGCAAAAUGUGGGGUUAUAGAGAAAGCACUUGAUGUGUUUAAUUGGUUGGAUGUGAAGGAUAUAAUAACUUGGAACACCAUAAUUAAUGGCCUUGCCAUCCACGGUCAUGCAGCUGAUGCUUUAAGUUUGUUUGAGCAGAUGAAGAGCGCGGGAGAGAAGCCAGAUGGUGUUACGUUUGUUGGGAUUUUGUCUGCAUGUACGCAUAUGGGGUUAGUGAGAGAUGGGUUUCUGCAUUUCCAAUCGAUGGUUGAUAUUUACUCAAUUGUGCCUCAGAUUGAGCAUUAUGGUUGUAUGGUGGAUUUGUUGGGAAGAGCUGGUCUUAUGGAUCAGGCUGUGGAUUUCGUAAGGAAGAUGCCAAUGAAACCGGAUGCGGUUAUAUGGGCAGCACUGCUUGGGGCUUGUCGGAUGUACAAGAAUGUGGAAAUAGCAGAAGUGGCGCUUGAGCAACUCAUUGAACUUGAACCCAACAACCCUGCAAACUUUGUCAUGCUUUCGAACAUAUACAAGGAUCUUGGAAGAUGGGAGGAUGUUGCCCGGUUGAAGAUUGCAAUGAGAGAUACCGGGUUCAAGAAAUUACCGGGAUGUAGUGUUAUUGGGUGCAAUGAUAGUGUGGUGGAAUUCUAUUCUUUGGAUGAGAGACAUCCUGAGACAGAGAGUAUAUAUCGAACAUUGAAGGGAUUGACUACUCUGUUAAGAUUGAACGGAUACGUCCCAAAUCUUGUGGAUGUUGCUCAUGGAAACUGAACGAGUAGGGAGGCAUCUUGAUGAUACCCAAAUCUUCUUGAAUUGGCUCAACAUCUGGAAGACCCAAUCAGUUCUACAGACCAAAAUCAAUUCUUCAAAUUUUGGGUCUGUUUUGAAACAGUGGAAAAAUCACAUAAUCUUUCAUCCUGCUGCUGCUUGUUGUUAAACUCAGUUACUAUCAAAUUCUUGGUAUUUAUGAGCAAUCUGGCAAUGGUCACUUCUUCUGUAUGUGGUGACAACCUCCAUCUGGCUUCACCCAAACCUUGACAAGCGAAGACCUUGCUAUUUUUGGAAGAGUCUACAUUGUUUAGGUAGUAAAAUAUUAUUGAAAAGAAAAAAGUUCACUGUGUUGUAUGGGUGAGGAUAUCAUAAAAGUUGAAUUGAGAUUAUGACAA